AUGUGGUUUGUUGUCGCGUCCAAGAGUGGAUAUCCAGUCAUGAAAAAAAAAACGGUCGAAACAACUAAAAAUCCCCCUAUCACCCACGCUUCGAUUGUCUGGAUAUUGAUGGAUAUGCAAAGCGCCGGAGAGGAACCUACGUCCCAACCAGAUAGACCCUCUGGACUGGAUGGGCUCAUCGACGCCCAAGCAGGGCGAAAGUACUGGGAAAACGCCGAAGCCACCGAUGAUGGCAUGCUAGGCGGCAUCCCGACUUUCAAAGCCUACAGCCAUAUUUCACGCAUGGACAUCCAGGCGUCCCGCGCAUUUCUGGCGAGACUAGGUAUUGGCCUCAAAGCCAACCGCGCGCUUGUCAAGAGCGCCGUUGACGCUGGAGCAGGAAUCACAACAAAUCUGCUAUUGCACGUCGCCGACGAGGUCGACGUGGUGGAGCCCGUCGCCCGGUUUACCGAGCCGCUGAAAGGCACAAAGGGCGUGAGACAGAUUUACAACGUUGGGCUCGAGGAGUGGCAGCCUAUCCAAGGCACAAAAUAUGACAUAAUAUGGACGCAGUGGUGUCUGGGCUACUUGACCGACGCGCAGAUUCUCAAGUAUCUCGAGGUGUGCAAGACGGUCCUGACACCAGAAAGCGGCCUCCUAAUUGUCAAGGAAAACGUGAGCAGCGGCUUGGAGGACUUGUUCGACGCGGCAGAUAACAGCGUCACAAGACCCAAGCAAUCAAGUAAGGAACGCGUAGAGUACCUCGACAACUGCCGUCAGAAGACUUUCCCCACCAACGUCUCAAAACGGCAUCUGAACUAUCACACCGUUCCCUCGCACAGCACCACGUCAAUAUUCGUGGAAGAGAUCUUAACCCUCGUUAGGGCUGCCAACACCGAUCAUCGUCUGAGCGCUAGUCCUACCUAUUUAUUAUAA